AUGGCGCACGAGACAACCAUGCAGCUUAGUAAACCCGACCCUCACAAGUCUGAUUUCCUGGAGGGCAGACUGACCAAUCAGGAGCGCACCAUGACCACCUUGCUGGAGCAGGCCUUCCGCGUGAAGGAGGAGGUUAUCGCCAACCUGCGCGCCACCCAGGACUCUGUCCAAUCAGAGGCUCUGUCCCACAGGCUCCUGGAGAAUCACAUCCAGACCAUCACACAGAUCGUGAAGCAGCUCAGCAAAGAUAUCGAGGUAUUGGAGACCCAGAUCAUCCAGAGGGACAGCAUCACCUCAGGGACCAGUUUUGCUGUGCAGAGCCUGGACCACAAGAACCUGGCAGGGAUAGGGGACCUCCGGGGCAGGGUUGCCAGGUGUGACGCGAGUAUUGCCAAGCUGUCCGGGGACGUGAACGCUCGGGGCUCAGAGGUCCACAAACUCCAGCGGGAGGUCCUGGAGGUCCGGGCGGGGGUGGAGGUCCAGCUGAAGGAGACAGAGCUACAGCUGUCGAAGGUGGAGCGGAGGCUGGAGGCCUUGCUGUUGGAGCACAGCGGCAGACUGAGUAAGACCUACGGAGACCUGCAGAAGGAGGCACAGCUCCUCAGCGCCACGACGGCCGGUGGUCUGAAGGAGCUGGGCGACAGGGUGGACAGGCUGCAGGAGUGGACAGGGCAGCAGCUGCGCAGCUCUGCGCAGACACAAGUGCAGGGGGGACAGCAGCUGAGCUCCCAGCUGCAGAACAGGAUGGAGGAGGUGGAGAGGAGGCUACAGGAGCAGGUUGAGCGGCUGUUUGUCCGGGUGGAGAAAGCAGAGGGAAAGCUGGAGAAGGAGCACAAGAUCGACAAGGUGAAGCGCUCUGAGGACAAAAUGGUCGCCCGCAUCGCCGCCCUGGAGAAGAGGCUGUGGGAGGAGCUGGACCUCAUCAGGAAUGAGUACCACUCCGGGUUCCAGUCCAUCCACGACGCCAUGGGCUCCCUCAGGCAGAUCGGAGACACCAAGGCCCGCAUAGAUAAGGAGCACCUGCAGAAGGACAUCAAAAAGAUCCGGAGGAAGGUGGUGGCCCUGCAAGACCCGUGAGGCUUGGCCCCGAUCCAUGCGGCCCUGCAGACCAGACGCUGGACGCACGGUCGUAAGGUCUGGCCCCAGGGCCUGCCAGGUAGAGGCAGC